AUGGUAACAAAGAUCAUCAUGUCAACUUGGUGUGGUAUUCUAAGUUUGCAAGCGAUAGUUGGAAACUCGCUUGUCUUAUGGUUGAUAGCAAAGAACAAGUCACUAAGAACAAAUGCGAAUUUGUUCAUAACAUCACUAGCCGUGGCAGACCUAUUGGUAGGACUUAUCAUUGCUCCAGUAUGGAUCAUCUUUAGGUGUUCGCAAUCCAACAAGGAUAAAUAUGAACACAAGUAUGCGUUUAGUAUUGACUAUCUUUGGAUUCAUACAACGGUUGCUACAACCUUUAACUUAUGCUGUGUGACGCUGGACAGGCAUAUUGCUAUUUUCCACCCUCUACGAUACCAAAGCUUUCUUACUAAAAAACGGUGUUAUGUGGCAAUAGCCCUGGUAUGGUUAAUGUCCGUAGUCCUUCCUUGCUCGAGGUUCAUUGUUAUGAAGAGUUCGGCUAUAGUGUUAUUGUGGAUGUCAUUCACGGUCGUUACUGUUUUAAUACCAGUGAUGAUUAUUACAUUCAGUUCAAUUCUGAUUUUAAAAGCUGCUGCACGGCAGUGCAAGAAACUUAUCAUAGCGAAUAACUUUUGCCUAGAAGCAAUCAAGAGAAGUAAAAAGAAUUACAAGGCUACCAAGACUGUCUGCAUAGUGGUGGGUCUGUUUUUGGUUUGCUGGAUGCCUUGUCUAGUCACUUCGUUUGUCAGGAGCCCAUAACCCGGAGCGUUCAACUGCCAUAAAUUCGUGCAACGGCGUUUUUACAAGUGAGUUUAUUUUUAGAUAAGCUUUUCCCGCUAAAAAUAACUGCUCCACGAGGUCAAUUCCUCCAUUUAAUCGUCGUUUAGACUGUUAGUAGCUCGCUUGGACCUUUUCACAGUCGGCUAUUUCGAAGAUGAUUUCGAUUUAAUUCCCUUUGCGCGAAUUAUGCGUUAUCGCCGAUGAAGUAGAGACGUCCUGGCUAGGUUUUGCAAAUCUUGCUCUGAACUGCUAGUUUCCGUGUAAAUACUGAAAUUGUCGCUUGAAGUACCGUCAGAAGACUCCUCUUCAACGUGGAGUUGUCCUAGUUACGCAAUUGCUAGUUAUUGCUUUUUGAAAGCAAUUCGCGGGAAAGGCUUAUCUAAAAAUAAACCUACUUGUGAAAACGCCGUUGCAUAGGUGCAGUAUGGAAGUUAGACGCUCCGGGUUAUGGGCUCCUGCGUUUGUGAAUUAUUUCACUCAUUGUGGUCUAUUUUGCUAUUACUACACCGUAUGGAUCUACGUAGAAGUGACUGCAUUUUCCUCCUCGGGAAUAAACCCGUGGGUAUAUUGCUUACGACAUGACGAAUUUUAUAAAACACUGACUGCCACCUUUCGACCUCGAAGAAGACAAAUUUCUUUGGAUCAGAAUCGUUUUCAUCAAACAAAAUCAUGCGUUCAGCGGCAGAGAUAG